UGAUUUUACAGUUAGUUAGCAAUUGAAGCAGUUAAUCCGUCGAACGUGUUUCAACCUACUCAGUGAUUAUUACUACAUUCAGAAGCAAUCAAAAAUCUUACAAGGAUUAUGGCGCAGCCUAAUCAGCUUGCGUUGCCACUGGCUGCGUUGCUCCUACUCCUUGCAACUGCACACUCGAAUAACGCUAAGGACCUGCUAACCGGUCACUCGAAAUCAAUGCAAAGUAGUUUGGCCCAUCAGUUCUUUGCCCUGGCUGCGGAACAUAUAGCCAUAACAAAUAGCACCGCCACUCAACUGAUGAGCAGUACCCAAAGAUCUAAAGAUUCUUAUAAUAACCGAGCCUAUGACCCAGAGCUUUGCGAUAGAGAUCUGCAACGCAUUCGUGGCGCAAUCGACAACAUGGAGGAGUGGGCUUUAGAAUUUCCGGAUACAUGGGGACGUCUACCUGUCGGCUUCUUCUGGGGCCAUCUCAUAAGCAUGGGCCAGUAUGAGGAGUGCGUUGCGGCAUCCGCUACAUACGGGACUGAGAUCCGCGGCCAGUAUUGUCUAGUACGGCUUAACAUCACACAGUUCUAUAGCAAAGUAAAGCGUCGUCAUGAGGAAACCGCCCGCAUUAGCUACAAGCAAACUGAUCCGCAGAUUUUUGAACUGGGUAUAUGUGUGCCAAGCACGUGCAGUGCACAAAAAACUGACGAGCUUCUCAAGUACGCGAUUGCACAUUUUUACGGAAAUGAUGUCGUAGAUCUCGAUAAACAGCUUGUGCAAGAAAAAUGGUGUAAAUAUGAUGCUCCUAUAGAGUUUCGUGCUAUCGAUAUAUUUGCCAUCGUCUUUUUUUCGCUAAUUAUUUUCUUCUUAAUAGCUAGCAGCAUCUAUGACUUUGUUCAGACUCGGAAAGGCGCACAAAAAAAACCGCUGUAUUUAGCAUUCUCGGUGCUUCACAAUGCACCCAAGAUUUUCACGGUAAAAAAAGUUAACAGCCCGAAUGUUAUACAUUGCUUGAACGGUCUGCGUUGCUUCAGUAUGAUGUGGGUUGUCUUUGGACAUGGCUACAUGACCUUUUACGAUUUGCCGCAUAUUAAUCGCAACAAAUAUUAUACGUGGCUGCAGACCCCGUACUCCAUGCUCGUUCAGAAUGGCUCACUCUGCGUGGAUACAUUCUUCUUUAUGUCCGGCUUACUGAUGUGUUGGGGUGCUUUCCGAGAGAUGGAACGGACCAAAGGCAAACUUAACAUUCCAAUGAUGUACUUUCAUCGCUAUAUUCGCCUAACACCUGUUGUUGCCGUCGUGGUGCUUUAUAUCAUGUCGCUAUACCGAUACUCUGGUGCAGGCCCCAUGUGGUUUAAGCUAGGCACACAAGAUCAGCGCUGUGCGGACACAUGGUGGGCCACGCUUCUGUAUGUACAGAACUACGCCUUCCCAUACAGCAUCUGCGUUUCACAGUCCUGGUAUCUGGCUGUAGAUACACAAUUGUACUUUUUGUCGCCGUUGUUCCUGAUACCCCUCUAUAAGUGGGGUAAGAAGGCGCUCAUACCUAUUGUCAUAUUUGCACUGCUUUGCUUGGGUUGCACUGUUGCCACAUUUCUACAUAACGACUUUACGCUGUUUCGUGUCCAGGACGAUCAUGUUGAUCUCCGCCAGCGAUUGACCUAUUAUCCAACACACACGCGCAUACCCACUUGGUUGAUUGGCGUGAUCUUUGGCUACUUUUUAUUCACACGCAAUCGCGGACGUCAAAUUCCAUUGGCCAAACAUUGGGUUAUCACUGGCUGGAUAGUGGCUUUCGGCACCAUGUUGGCGGACCUUUGGGGUCCCUUCUGGCGAAUCUUGCCGGACACACCGGACUCCCCACUGAUUGAAGGUGCUCUCUUUGAGCCACUUAGCCGCAGCUCCUGGGCCUUUGCUAUUGGCUGGAUUGUUUGGGCCUGCUAUAAUGGACAUGGUGGCCUAAUAAAUGACUUUCUUUCCUGGGGUUUCUUCACGGGCUUCAGCCGUCUCUGCUACUGCAUGUACGUUAUCCACCGAAUCGUUCAACUGGUAAACGCAGCGCGUCUCCAGACGGACACGCAUUUCUCUGAUUAUGAUGCGAUUCUGCGAUGGUGGCAUGACUUCGGCAUUACACUUACAUUAUCUAUAUUUGCAACGUUGGCCUUCGAGUCACCCAUUCUGGGUAUUGAGAAAGCUAUUUUUGGACGCGGAGACAUAAAACCGUCACCCAAAAAGCAGACACCCGAACCUGUUGCUGAGCAAGUUCCUGUAAAUUCCGAUGCUGAAAAAGCUUCACAAAUUGAGCCCUCAGUUGGCGGAGCUGAGGAUCCAUCAAAAGCCUAACCAAUUUUUCAAAAAA